UUUGUAGUGAUUGGUCGUGUGACAUCCUCGGCGUUUGUUCGAAGCUCGUUUUGCGUUUUUCAGCGGGGGAUUGAAUUCGUAAUAUUUUCCUUCUCCUCCUCCUUUUCUGUAUCGGCAAUUUUAGGAACGGGACCCUGACACAUCGGAAAUGCACGUUAUAAAAUUCAUCGUACCCGGAUUCAUGUACUUAACUCGAAAUUUCGCAGUUGUAACAGCGAUGAGCGGAAACAAGGAUUACAAAUCGGCCACAUCGAUUUACGACUUCACGGCGAACUCCAUCAGAGGAGAGGAAGUCCCUUUGUCCAAAUAUAAAGAUCAUGUGUGCUUGAUCGUAAAUGUCGCUUCGAAAUGUGGCCUCACAGCAACGAAUUACAAAGAACUGAAUGAGCUAUACGACGAGUAUGCUGAAUCUAAAGGAUUACGAAUUUUAGCGUUUCCUUGUAACCAAUUCAAUGGUCAAGAGCCAGGGAAUAGCGAGGAGAUUUGCAGUUUUGCCGAUCGCCAGAAAGUAAAAUUCGAUUUAUUUGAGAAAAUUGAUGUGAACGGAAAUAACACGCAUCCUCUUUGGGCAUAUCUGAAGAAAGAACAAGGUGGCCUGCUGGGUAACUUCAUAAAAUGGAAUUUCACCAAGUUCAUCGUGAAUAAAGAGGGCAAGGUUGUUGAACGUCACGGUCCUAAUGUAGAUCCCCACAAGUUGAAAGAUUCUCUUGAAAAAUAUUUUUAAAUUGUAUUUUUCUAUAUAAUUUUCGAAGAUUGGAUAUUUCUUGUAGUAUGAACAAAUUAAAUAGGAGAUUUUUAAAUUUAUAUAUAUUAUGUUUGAACGAAUUUUGUAGAUUUUUUGCAAUAUGAAAAACUUCGCACAUAUGAAAACUUAUUUUUUCCUUCUUACAUAUUAUGGUACAAUAAACUAUUUUUAAAUUCUUUUUCGACAUAUGCACAUAUUUUAUAUUUCGUAAUUGUGAAUUGUUUAAGUAACUGGAAAUCAAUAUUACGUAUUUACACAUUCCUCAUCUUUAUAUAUGUAUAUCCAUAAAUUUCAUUAAAAAUAAAAAUAAUUAUGUUUAAGGG